ACUUCAGUUUACAGACCCUGUCUGCAGAUAUUUGAAAUUUUUACCUGGCAUCUCUGCUUGGGUGUCCAAUUAUCAUUAGCAAGUGUAAAUCAAUGUUUUCCAAUUUUUUUUUUGUAUUUCAAACUAUCAAGAGUGGUUUACCGUUCAUCUAUUAUCUUGAACCAACUGGUUCACCAGGAGCUCAUUUGACAGGGGCUCUCUCGGUCAGUUGAGGAAGAUAUUAAAUAAUUUUGUAAUUUCAAGGAAGUAACUCACGACGUUUUAAUUGAGUUUCAAUUGACAGUGCAACGAAUGAUGACCUGAGUGCUCUCUGUGCAGUACGUCAGCGAGUGGUAUUGAAUGUGAAGUUUACCACAGUCAACUGAUAGGUAGGUGAUUGGUACAUUUGGUUUCGAUUGAAUGAAUUAAAUUUUACGGAACCCGCAGUUCUUAAGUAGUUUCAUGUGUUGUCGGUGAGCGUUUGAUUGAAAAAAUGGAACUAACAAAAGUGAAGCGAGCAUUUUGUAGUAUGGUAGAUGACUAUGUAGAAAAAAAUGACACGCAAACUGCUUGCAGAAUAAGUUCAGAUGUUUGCAAAUACAUACAGCUAAGGUUCGAUCCAGGAAAUAUGGUGCGACAUUUUCGUACAAGGCAUACAGACUUAGCGCUGAAGUAUGGGUUUUUCGAUGAGGACGAACAGCCAAUGAAAAAAAUUAAGGCACCGAAAAAGCAUUCAGUAACAAUGAAUCAACGUACUCUUGAGGCAGCUUGCUCAAAGUUGGUAACGAAUCAUGGGCUCCCUAUAGAAUCAAUGAAUUGGGAAGCAAUGAAAAUGUUAGUAGACCCAUAUUGUGAGGCUCUGCACAUACCAUCGAUUACAUCUUCUACGAUAUUAAGGAACAUUGCAAUAACCGCGUCGAAAAUUCGCAGAAUAAUCUCAGCAGAAGUACAAAAUAAACUUAUUUCGUUGAAAAUUGAUUCAGCAACACGAUGUGGCUUCAAUAUCUUGAGUAUAAAUGCACAAUAUGCUGAAAAUGACGUUCCAGUCGUUAGAACUCUGGGAAUGGUUCAGCUUGAUGGAAAGCAUACAGGAAAGUACUUAAGGUCCCAAAUUUUGGAAAUUCUCAAGGACUACAAUAUCGGAAUAGAAAAUGUGUUUUCUAUCACAUGCGAUAAUGGUGCAAACAUGUUGUCUACCGUCAAGGAUUUGCAGAAAACGUUCCCAAAUAAUUUAAUAAUGGAAUCAGAAAACGCGGAUGGAUUGGAAGAAGAUCAAGAAGAAUCGAAUAUUUUGUCGAAUAUUCUCAAUGCAUUCAAAAAUUCAGUUAAUUUGAUCACAUGUGCCGUUCAUACAAUGCAACUUUCCGUAACGGACGUAACUAAAAGUAAGGAUACCGAAAUUCGCGAAAUAACAAAAGUUGCGAAAGCCUGUAGGAAAAUGUCAUAUAAAAACGAUUUCGGAAAUGGUUCCCAUGUGCUACCACCAUUAUAUGCUAAGACUCGCUGGGGUGGAGCUUUUCUUAUGAUUCAGCAUUUUAGCAAGAAUUUUUCAUUUUACGUGGAAAUGGGCAAAAAACAUUCGGAAUUAGAUUUGUCGAAAAACUGGCAAUUCAUUCAUGACUUCACGGAAGCUUUCGAACCUGUGUUUUCCGCAACAACAAAAAUUCAAGAAAAACAUGUUGGAUUGUCCGACUUUUAUCUCGCUUGGCUCGAUACUAUUCGGAAAGUUAAUUUAGUGUCGAAUCCGUUAGCCGUAGAAUUGAGCAACACACUAACAACGAGACUCAACACGUUGAAAGAGAACAUGCCGCUCAAAUCAGCACUAUUACUGGAUCCACGGUUCAACUUCCAUAAGUCCAAUGUGUUUACACUUAAUGAGAGAGUUGAGAUACGGCAAUUCAUAAAAACUACACACAAAAAGCUAUGCGAUAUAAGCAGUAGAAUAAACGAAACUCCACUUUCUGAUUCACCGAACAACAACACAAACGCAGGAGAGGAAGAUGAGCUGGACGAUUUUCUCACAGAUAUGUUCGGAGGAGCUCUAUCUGCGGCAAGUUCAUCGACGAGUCAGAAAGAAUGUAGUUUAGAAGAACAACUUAUAAUGCUCGAUGUAAGUCCACGCCAACCACAUUCGCUGGACGUGUGGAAAUAUUGGACUGAUAGAAGAUUGACUCAUCCAGAGCUGUACGACAUCGCCACCCUUAUAUAUACAAUUCCGUCCAACCAGGUAUCCAUAGAACGAGCAUUCAGCGCUUUAGCUUUGCUACUCACCUCCGAACGGUCUGCUUUCAAUAAUGAUACCUUACAGAAUAUUUUUAUAGCUAGGGUAAACAAACCUAUAUUGCACAGUUCUCCCGAGCAAGAGGAGUCUUUGUCUGAGACAAUUAAUUUGAAAUCGGAAAAAAGUUCAGAUUCGAGUUAGAAUUA